CUCGCGGAGUUUGAGGACACGCGUUGAAGUCCGGUGUGCUGCGGAAUAUACCUACUUUCCCAGUACAUUUAACAGCUCUUUUAGACUUUGACUGUCAGUUUUCAAGUUCUAUCAGAAUUUCCCUUGUUUAAACGUAUUCUCCUUUGUUUUACUUUUUACUGGAAAUCCGAAGACAGCCGACCUGUAUACACUUGAGUAGCGGAGGACCUUAAUAAAACAGUGGUCUGUCAGUGGUCAUUUUGGCAGGCUACAUUGGGUCCUGGACGAUGAAACUUAAAAUAGUUUUGGAACACAUUUUCUGCCUUGUAAUUUUACUGCCAAAUACAAUGUAUUCUCAAACAGUGGUCCCUCCAGAAUGUGCUCCAGGGGGACAUUCUCUGCUCCAGAACCCGUACCGCAGCACCACUUUCAGCUCUCGCAGGCUGCAGCAAUCAGCCCUCCAGGACUUCAUCUGUGACCACUCCCUCACUGCGGGCUGGUACCAGUUCCAGAUCUUUGACAAGCCUGCCAGCAUGCCCACGCAAUGUGUGGAGGUCAACCACUGCGGGACACAGGCCCCCGUGUGGUUGUCCCUGAGGGAGGGCGAGAGCCUCCCACGGCCCCUGGAGGUGAAGCAGCUGACGGCUUGUGCCACCUGGCAGUUCUUCCUCAGCGGCAGCAAGGACUGCUGCCUGUUCCGCAUCCCCGUCACCGUGCGCAACUGUGGAGACUUUUACGUCUACCUGCUCCAGCCCACCCAAGGCUGCAUGGGUUACUGCACCCAGGCGAUGUCAGACUCUGCGACGGCGGGAUGUGGUCCUGGGGAGGUGGAUGCUGAUGGGGCGUGUAAAGCCAGACCGCCUCCGUCCCCAGUCGUACCUGUCAUAGUGGCAGAGAUAUCUGGGAGCAUUGUCUACCUGAAGUGCAGCUUUGAGACCCACAGCCUGAACAGCUCUCUGGGCUAUGUGGUGGCCUGGUCUCGCCUCUCCCCCCAAGGCAGAAAAGAAGAACUGAAACAGGAGACCACCGUCCAGUCCUUCGCUUUCAUUGAGCUGGAUGGUAUCAACCUUAGACUAGGGGACAAGAUUUACUGCAGUUGCUCCAGUUUCUUUCUGGACUCACCAGACAUCCAGGGAACCCCAGUGGAGAGCCAAGAGUUCUUUGCCGGGAUCAGGUUGAGACCAGAGGUGACCACUGUGUUUGAAGGUGGGAGGGACUAUAAAAUGGCUGUGGAGAGUACUAUCCCUGUCCCCUGCCUUGGCGAAGCCUCCUCCUCCUCUUCCUCCUCCUCUUCCUCUUCCUCCUCUUCCUCCUCCUCCACUGAGGGGUGUACUCUGUCCCUACACCUGAGUACAAGUAAUCAAGGAGACAAUGUGCUGGGUCCAGAUGUGGUGCUGUCGUCGUGCCGGUUGGAUCUGUCCCAGAGCUCGGGGUGCGCUAGCGGGGUGUGUAGCCAGGCUCUAGUUCACCUCAGCGCUGUCACAGACUUCCUCAACGAUGGGGAUAGGACCACACAGAUCUCCAUCAAACCCAUAGUCUCCCCCAAUUUCCUCUGGAGUGGAUACACACCAAAGACUGUCCAGAUAACAGUGAAAGAUGUUCCAUCAGCAUACUGCUAUGCUUUCACCGAUCCUCACAUAAUCACGUUUGAUGGCAGGCAAUAUGACAACUACCAGAUCGGGACGUUUGUUCUGUACAAGAGCACACGGCGGCCGUUUGAGGUCCACGUGCGCCAGUGGGAGUGCGGCAGCGUGGUCCACGCCGCCUCGUGCAUCUGCGGUUUCGUGGCGAGGGACGGCAGCGAUGCCAUCGCGUUGGACAUGUGCAACGGCGAGCUGGGAGACACCAGACCGCACCUGGCGGUGAAGAACGGGGACGUGGCCAGAAGCGGCAUCCGCAUCACAGAGUCCUACCAGGGGCGCAAAGUCACGAUUACCUUCCCCUCUGGGGCAUUUGUGCGUGCAGAUGUCUCCGAUUGGGGCAUGAGUUUGACACUGAGGGCCGCAAGCUCAGAUUGGGGACACACUGAGGGCCUUUGUGGAACCUACGAUGGACAGAUGCACAACGACCUCCACACAGCAGAAGGCGGAGCUCUGAAGGACAAAGACGUUGCAGCUUUCAUUUCUGAAUGGAGACUCCCUCCAGGUAGCAGCUUGUUUGACACCGUCCCGUCCUAUCAGAGUGCCCCUAACCCCCACAGGUACUGUAACUGUGUAGGAGAUUCCCAGCGAACCAGCUCUCAGUCAAUCCCCGACUCAACCUGCUCUCAACAUGGCAACGUGAGACUCGACACUAUCAUCCCCAGUCUAGACGUCACGGCAGAAUACAUCCGCUCAGUUGAGCUCUUCAAAGGCCACCACCAAAACCACCACCACAGACAAACAGGCCGAACCCCAGUGAACUCCAAUCAGCACGGCCAGGCCCGUGACACUGUUUCCCUGCCUAGAGGAAGAGGGUCUCCCUUAAAACGCUCCAGCCAUGGAGCCAACAACCAGAGGAGACGUGGAAGGCGCCAGUCUUUUCAGCUCCUCCCCAACCCGCAAUACCAGAGCCUCAGCCAGUCUGACCUGGAGGGCUUAACCUAUUUCUUCCCUGAGGACCAUGAGCUGGUGCUCGAGCCCGAGUCCUCCCCUCCCCCCACAUGGCCCACCUUGUCUGGGCUAACCCAGCUCAAGGCCAGGGCGGAGUGCCAGCGGGCGUUAGCAAACUCCAGCAUAGCCCUGGGCUGCAGCCGGUUACUAGGCCCAGCCAUAGUGAGCCGGGUGGUGGGUAUGUGCGUCAGGGACCUCCAGCUGAAGGACCAGCAAGUCUGGCUUGGGGCCACUUUGCCUCUUCUGGAGAACGAGUGUGAAAGGCGGCUGGUGGAGGAAAGGGCGGGAAAAGGAGAGUACCAGGAUGCGCUGUCUUUCCUCAGGUGUCCUGAUCUGUGUAAUGGGAACGGGCUGUGCUCUGAGUGGGGAUGUGGGUGCUUCCCUGGGUUUGGCUCAUACGACUGCAGCCUAAUCUCCGACCAGACGCCCGAGAUCACGGAGCUGGAGAAUGAGGGUCUAUGUAACAUUAGAGAGAGUGACUGCUCUGCUGUGCAAGUCUUUGGACAUGGCUUCAAACACUCCUAUGGACUCAAGUGUGAAUUUGUGAAAGAAAAGUUUGUGGACGGGCAGUGGACCUUGGACGAGCCUCGGUUUGCGUUGGCAACCUUUGUGGAUGAGUCAUCCCUGAAGUGUAAGCUCCCCCUGGAGGACAGACGACUCUCUGCAGGCUUGGAUCUGGACACGGCCACCAACCUACCACUGGCGCGUUGGCAGAUCAAGGUUUCCAAUGAUGGCUACGGCUACAGCAAUGCCAAGAUCCUAACCCUGUUUGAUGGAGCCUGUCAGAUCUGCACAUUUAGCCAUGAUGUUCUCUGCACCUUGAGGGAGAGAGCCUGCAUCAUUGACAGUGUGUGUUAUGCAGAGGGGGACCGGAAUCCCAGUAGCCCUUGCCUGAUGUGCCAACCAGACUCUUCCAGAUACACAUGGUCCAUCGCUGAGAAGAAUGAGCCUCCGGUAUUCCAGGGCAGAGGCCAGCGUCUGCAGACAUUCCAGGGGGAGAACUUUGUGUACCAGUUGGAGGCCAAGGAUCCAGAGGGCUCAGCGGUUCUGUUCACCCUGGAGUCAGGUCCCAGCGGUGCGUUCCUCUCCCCCGCUGGCCUGCUCGUCUGGAAGGCCACUGAAGCUGUCACCUCCGCCACUGUGCAGACCUUCCACUUCACCGUCGCUGAUGACUGCAGCGCUGAGACGCGUGCCUCCGUCCAGGUCUCUGUGCUGUCCUGUGACUGUCUGAAUGGGGCUUCCUGUGUUCCAAACAUAAAGCUCCCCCCGGGCAGUGGGGGGUACCUGUGUGUCUGUCCUGCUGGCUUCAGAGGGGACCGGUGUGAGGUAAACAUAGACGAUUGUAAACCCAACCCCUGCCGCCUGGCCAGGUGUGUAGACGGACCCAACUCUUUCUCCUGCAUCUGUCCUCCCGGAAUGACAGGUAAUACGUGUAGAGAGGAUGUGGAUGAAUGUGCCUCAGAGCCGUGCUUCCCUGGGGUGGGCUGCAACAACACCCUGGGCUCCUACACCUGUGGUUCCUGCCCAGACGGGUACACUGGGGAUGGGACGAGCUGCAGGGGGUCCUUGGUUGGUAAGGCUGAUGAGCUUUCUCAUAGAGUGUCUGUUCCCGCACCACCAAGCGGAGGUCACCAGGGUCCUGGCAGGGUUAAGCCCUCCGACCAGGCCCAUUGCUCCAGACAACCAUGUUACCCAGGGGUGCAGUGCUUCCAGAGUCCACACGUGUCAGCCGGCUACAUCUGCGGACCUUGUCCACCAGGGCUGCACGGCAAUGGACACACCUGUAGUAGAAGUGGCACAACAGGACAGAGGCCAGUCACCUCCGACAGAACAGAGGGACCUUCCAUUGUGACCCAAGACUUCAGCAGUGAAAUAAUCGACAUCACUUCCACCUCCUCCUCCUCCUUCAUCCCAAGCAGGAGGAAAACUGAGGGUCCCCCAGUGAGUAGCAGGAGAGGCUCUUUCGUGGAGACAAAGACACCAAUCAUCCUUGAAGACCAAACUCUAACCAGAGUUUCCACCCCAACCAAUCACAAAAGAGAUCAGAGCAACAAGGAGGGUCUGACCCUUUUGAUCCCUGACCUAAGCCACGGGGUCAGGUGGGGGUCUUCGUCCCCCAUAGUGACCUGUGCAGAUGCGCCAUGCUUCUCCGGGGUGACGUGUGAGCCCACUGUCACAGGUUCCUUUAAGUGUGGCCGCUGCCCAUUCGGUUACACUGGAGAUGGGAUCAUCUGCAAAGCUGUGUGCCGGCAUCUAUGUGGGAGGAAUAUGGAGUGCUCUCUACCUAACACCUGCACUUGUAAGGACGGCUACACAGGAUAUAACUGCCACAUAGCUGUCUGCCGACCUGACUGCAGGAACCAGGGAAAGUGUGUCAAGCCAAAUGUGUGUGUCUGUCCCGUGGGCUACAGCGGACCCACGUGUGAGGAAGCCAGAUGCGAGCCGUCCUGUCAGCACGGAGGAACCUGUCUGGUCCGAAAUCUGUGCACCUGUCCCUAUGGUUACGUAGGACCAAGAUGUGAAAUCAUGGUGUGCAACAGGCACUGUGAAAACGGAGGGGAGUGUGUUUCUCCUGAUGUGUGUAAAUGCAGGCCCGGCUGGUAUGGACCCACAUGUCACUCAGCCGUGUGCAGUCCGGUGUGUUUGAACGGUGGGACGUGUGUCAAACCCCAGGUCUGUGCCUGUCCCGGGGGCUUCUACGGCUCCCAGUGUCAGAUUGCUGUGUGCAGCCCUCCCUGUAAGAACGGAGGUCAGUGUAUGAGGAACAACGUGUGCUCCUGUCCCGAGGGCUACACUGGGAAGAGGUGUCAGAAGAGUGUCUGUGACCCGAUGUGCAUGAACAAGGGGAAGUGUGUGAGUCCCGACGUCUGCUCCUGUGCCUCCGGGUGGAGGGGGGCGAGGUGUAACGUCCCUGCGUGCCUGCAGAAGUGUAAGAACGGCGGUGAGUGUGUGGGACCCAACACCUGUCACUGUCCCACGGGAUGGGAAGGACUGCAAUGUCAGACUCCCGUCUGCAAGCAGAGAUGCCUGAAUGGGGGGAGGUGUGUCCUGCCGAACUUCUGCCACUGCCGCAGCGGAUACACCGGCGUCACCUGCGGGUCAAAGGCGCCACUGGAAUAAGGGAAAUGAUGGAAGAUGAGGAAGCUUAACGAAAUGUGCACGAGAAACAACCUGUGCUGUGUGUCUGGGUGUGUGUUUGAAGGUGUGUGUGUGUGUCUGGGUGUGUGUUUGAAGGAGUGUGUGUGUGUGUGUGUGUGUCUGGGUGUGUGUUUGUAGGUGUGUGUGUGUGUCUUAGUGUAAGUGUGUGUACAUUAACGGGAGGCCUGGAUAUAUUGCACUUGUCUAAUAUUCCCUGUAUGUUACUACCUCAAUGCUCAAGGUAGCACAGUGUUGGAAAGCCCUUGCAUAAGGAUUACAUAACAUAUUCAUAAACAAUGUAUAAUACUAUGUUAAGCUCCGCAUGUCCAUACAGAAAUGAUUCUGCCAAUUGUGCUUUGAGGUCUCAAACCACAAUUGUUUUUUCUGGGAUCUGGUAGACAUAAAUGAAUGUAUCUUUUGCAUGUAAUUGUGUUUUAUUGUCCUAAUGCUGGUCACUGCACACAGUAUUAGAUCAUAGUGUAAGAGACUAGAAUCCGAUUAAAAACCAGUUGAUGGUUCAUUGAAGAAAAAUCUAGCUUUCUGAAUACCCCGUUCUCUUUUUGUUUCUUGUCUUGUAUUGAUUUACUUUGCUGUUGAAAGUGUUGUUGUUGCCUAAACUGUUGUGCACUGUUGUUGUUUUUAGGUAGAGUUCAUGGGUAAAUCAUCACAUAAUUAUGCAUUGGAAUGUAAUUGGUUGAUAUUUUGGUCCACAUCCAGGUCCAUCUGCAUGUGCAGACCUGUUCUGAGUAUAAAUUCAGAUGUACUUGAUCACUUAACAUUAUAUAGGUUCAGCUUUGUGAGGCAGAAGUGAAGUUGCAGCAAUAGUUGUCACUUCCUGUUUUAACCACAGAAUCUAUCCAGCAGAUAUCAUACGUAGGUCUAAUGAAAACAGUUAUUUGAACAUUUUAGACUCAUUUAAACCUUGUUGUUGUUGUAAAUCAAGCA